CACUAUCACACACACUCAAUGUGUUUCAUUAUUACUGUCUCUCUCUCUCUCUCUCUCUCUCUCUUUUAAAAAAACUCCCACAAAACUAAACUUGACAAAGAGGGAAGAUACUAAAAAAUCAUCAAAACAUGAGCUACAACACUUUCUUCCUCCUCAUGCUCACUCUCGUCCACUCCAUCUUCUGUUCACUAUCUCCACCAGACCUAGCUGCGCUCCAAUCCAUCAGAAACUCCUUAACCGAGACGCCAGGCUCAGCUUUCUUCUCAACUUGGGACUUCACAACCCCUGACCCUUGUUCCUCCUUCUCUGGUCUCACUUGCACUUCUCACGGCCGUGUCAGCACCCUAUCUCUCGGCCCUAACCUCUCCGGUUCACUCUCUCCUUCUAUCUCCAACCUAACCCAUUUGACCCAACUCGUUCUCUACCCUGGUUCAGUCACCGGUCCUCUCCCUCCUCGGUUCGAUAUCCUCCCUCUCCUUCGAGUCAUUUCUAUAACCAGAAACCGCUUAACCGGUCCUAUACCCAAUUCUUUCUCAUCUCUCUCAUACCUCCACACUCUUGACCUUAGCUAUAACCAACUCUCAGGCUCUAUCCCUCCGUUUCUCACUACACUUCCACGACUCAAAGUCCUUGUCUUAGCCUCGAAUCAGUUCUCCAACAACCUUGAACCUGUCUCUAGCCCCUUGUUCCAUUUAGACCUAAAGCUGAACCAAAUCUCCGGCCAACUCCCACCGGCUUUCCCCACCACUCUCCGGUACUUAUCCCUCUCCUCAAACUCAAUGCAAGGCACAAUCAACGCCUUGGCGCCAUUAACAGAGCUAACAUACAUCGAUCUCAGCAUGAACCAAUUCACCGGAGCCAUCCCUAACUCACUCUUUGGUCCAACGACCUCAUCAAUGUUCCUACAAAGAAACAACUUGACUUCAAUCUCCAACGCCACCGCCAUUUCGUUACCCCAGGGCUCCACUGUUGAUCUGAGCCAUAACUCUAUCUCCGGAGAGUUACCUCCUUCACUCGCCGGAGCAGAGUCCCUGUUCUUGAACAAUAACCGUUUUACUGGAGAUAUUCCAGAGGAAUACGUCAGAAGCUUAACCAACGGUACGACAAAAACGCUCUUCUUGCAACAUAACUACCUGACAAGAUUCCCUUGGAACUCUGGUUCUCAACUACAAGACUCUGUUUCGCUCUGUUUUUCAUAUAACUGCAUGGAGACGGAUCCAGUCGUCGGUUUGUCCACGUGUCCGGUAGAAGUUGCACCUCUGCUCUCAAGGCCUGCCAUACAAUGUUCUCGCUUUUACAAUCACAGCUCCAAUGGUUAAAGUUUUGUUUUUAUUUUAUUUUUGUAAAAAAUGACACAUUUCAUAAAAUGUUUAUCCACAGAAGAUAAUAUAUAUAUAUA